AUGAAUCCAUUCCUGAGACUAGUCCUUCUGCUAACUGUUUUGGCCAUUGAUGGAAAUGGUAAAUCAGCGAUAGGAUGUCUGGCUGAUCUUCAGGAAAAGUUUAGGAACAACCAAGAAAAUGCAAUUGAAGAAAUUACAAAGAGAAGGAUAUUGAUGAAGAAUACACGAGACAUAAUUUCUAAUGCCAAGAGGUCUUCAAGUAGCUCUGGAAAGCCCCUUGACUGGGAAAUCAGAGGAAUGGAAUCGUUUGAAAAGGAGCUUUCCGCAUCAAUAAACCAAGACUAUUCUGAGAUUGUUCUGCUCUAUAAUCUCAAUAGUGCAUACUCCAAUGCUGAUGUACUGAGAGCCAUGGAAAUAACUGACUUUGUAGAGCCAAGUUUGGAGAAGAUUGUGGAGGAUAACGAAAAAAAGCUUGAGGACUUAAAGAAAAGGUACAGUGAACUCGAGGCCAGAUUUCAGGAAUUUAAAUACGUGGCGGUUGUACUCUCUCCAUACACAGUCGCUGGACGCACAAAUACGAUCCCGGAUGAUAUCGUGAAGGAGCUCAUUUCUGUCCUCACAAGUUCCUCCGAAAUCCCCUUCUUUUCCACGGGAAAACUCUCGGCGAUUGCAGAAUUUUUUAAUCUGAAACUCUUUGAAUUAUGGCUGGAAUUGUCGAAUAUCGUACUCGAGAAAUCAUCACCUACCGUCAGGAUCAGAAGAACAUUUAAAAGGUCCAAAUUUAUAAUCGACAGAUUAAGCGUACGCGAUGAAACAAAAAUGAAUGCACACUUGCGUCUAGAAAAGCUCUGUACAAAUGCAGAAAAUAUCCUUGAGAAUAUGAUUCAAAUUAAAGAAGCGGGAAAUACGGAGACUAUGAAAUCCACUGAAGACAUUAAUCAUUGUCUACUUGUCCUAGAUAAACUCAACAAAUUUACUGUGCCAAGUGAAGAAACACGUAAAACUUGCUCUGAAACUUUUAUUAGUGCAGUGGUAACAGUAAAGGAAGUCGAGAAGAAGACCUCAAUAUUGAAUUCAGAGGGCUCCAAGAUUGAUGAAUACUUUACAGAGUCCAAAAGGUUGAUGAAUAUUGUAAAGGAUGAAGGUUAUACUCGUGUAAAUGAGAUUGUGAAGGAUGAGAAGGAAGUUAAUUUCAGCAGUAGCCUACGCCACUAA